UACAUCUGCUCAGUUUGAAGAAAAAAAUGUCCUUUACCUGUUGGGCUUUCAUUGAUUUCAUUUGGUUAUUUCUCGCAUUAGCGUUCGCUUUUUCUCUUUGUAUCUUGAAAUUGAGUCGAGCUAAUGUUAACUACAGCAAUUCCAAAAUUUUGUGUAUUUUUGAAGAUCUAAUUCGUUAUGGUAAAACAAAAAACGAUUUACGGAGAGGAGCAUUUUUACGUCUUUUCGAUGUACCUAAAAGGUGGUUUUUCCAUUUUUAUAUUGUUUCUGUCAUUUGGAACAGCUUUCUUAUAAGACACCAUAUAAAUGCAGUGUUCUUUGGAGUGCCUUAUCCAAUUUGGUUAAGUGACCUUAGCAAUGCACUAACUAAUUUCUGUGUGCAACAUGAAAACGGCAAGUAUAACAAUAAUAUACGAUGUUGUGACCAGUUAUCAGUUCUUUUGAUUCAUCUACUUUUGUGGGUUCACUCCAUCAGAAGGCUUUAUGAGUGCCUUUUCAUCAGUGUGUUUUCAGAUGGAGUCAUACAUAUUGUGCAGUACUGCUUUGGCCUUGCCUAUUAUAUUCUGCUUGGUUUAACUGUAAUUUCUACAUCAUCCAUCAGUCAGGCUGGAGGUUCUACAGAGAAUCGUUAUGCACAGAUACAUUUUUCUCAUUUUCUGGGAAUUACAAUGUUUAUAUGGGCAUCAGUUCAUCAAAAUAGAUGUCUUACAAUUCUUGCCAAUCUUAGAAAAGAAAAUAAUGGUAAAGUAAUAAAUAUGCAUCACAGUAUUCCUGUUGGAGAUUGGUUCAGUCUGAUUUCAAGUCCACAUUACUUUGCAGAACUGUUAAUUUAUAUUUCACUCAGUCUGACAUUAGGUGGUUGGAACUUGACCUGGUGGCUUGUUGUAUUAUAUGUUUUGUUUAAUCAAGCAUUGGCUGCUGCUCUAUGCCAGGAGUUUUAUCACAAGAAGUUUGACUCUUAUCCAAAAUGUCGCUGUGCUUUUAUACCAUAUUUGUUAUAGCCUGACCAAAAAUAAAGUUUAGUAUCUCUUUUGUUUUCCUGUGUUAAGUAUAGGGGGAAAUUCAUUUGAAUUCCAAAAAUCUGUUUUUUAUUGCAUUUUUCAUUACUUUAUUCGAAUGUGUAUGAUAGUAUAUGAUGUGCCAAGACAAUAUCUUGUAAGAUAUCUUGUUGAGCUCAACAAACUUUACCAUGAACUGGAAAUGUGGAGAUAUGUGAUGUGAAAAUGUACUUUUUGGAAAUUAUGUCAAAGCAUCAAUUGCUGCAGUAUAGUAAUUAUGUAUUUAAAAAAAAAAACACAAAACAUGUACUAAAGUGGUAACACAAAUUGUUUUUGCCUCUUUUUGUAGUAGAGUUGUGAUGUAAUAUGAAUUGGCCAUGGCAAUUCCUCUUUGAACCCUCAGCUAAAUUCCAACCAUUCUUUCAGCACUGCUCCCCGUGAAUGUUGUGCCAAAUUAAUACCAAGGAGAACUUCAGAGCAAAGUCUUCUUACCUGCUGUAUGUAAAAAAUGACAGGACAGAACUCUGAAAAGUAAAUCCAAAGAAACAGGUACAAUUAAGAAAUUUCUGUGCAAUAAACUGUGACAGCAAUACAGAGCUUUCUGAAUUUCUUGGAAAAUGACUAGCUGAGAGAAGGAAUCAGUUUUUUUAAAAAAAAACAUUACUGUAUGUGGAAUUCAUUUAGGGGCAUUUUUCGGAUUUCAAACUCACCCCAAGCCCUGCCACGCUGUGCUGUGAAUAUUUCCGAUACUAAAAGUGGUGCAAAGCACUAACCAAGUGCAUCAUAGGACAAAUGAGAAUAUCCUGUUUUGACAUGUUAAGAGAAUUAAACCUGUUUUAUUUUGAGUAGUGAAAGUUGUAAGGGUACACAAGCCAUGUAUUCAGUAUUCUCAAAUGCCUUGUUAAUAUUGAUUUAGCAGAACACGUUUGAUUAAAUAUGAAUAACAUAGUCAAGAACACCAGUGGAAAUUAACAAGAGGUACAGUCUAAGGACAUGCAAGUUAGGUGGAUUGGAGAUGCUAAAGUGAACUGUGUGUGUGUUUGUUCAUCCAUGGACUGGCGCCCUGUCCAUGAAUUGUUUCCUGCCUUAAGUCUUGUGCUUACUGGGAUAGGCUCCAGCAUCUCCGUGACCCUGUUCUGGAUUUAGAAGAUGGAUGGCAUUUAAGACUUGUAUCAGUUAGCACUUCUUUACACAGAGGAUCAUUGAUAAUCUGGUACAAACUAUCACGUCAUGUAGUUGAAGCAGAAACCUUGACCAAUUUUAUAAAGUGUCUGGAUUAGAUAUUGGGACAGCUUAGUUAACCAAAAGAGCUUGGUAGACUGAGAGGUUUUCUUUUGUUUUCUUUGUUGUAAACACCAUGAAUCUGUGGAUUCAUCCUGGGCAGUGGAAUGAUAAUGGUGUGAGGAAUGUACACAUUAAAACUUUUCAUACCAAGUAAGUGUAACAUGAAUGUCAUUGUACUUUGGCACUGCUGCUGACCAUGUCAGUCCCUUGAUGGUCACAGUGUACACUUUAUUAAAUGGCUAUGUCAACCCAAA